UUAAACAAACAAAAACACAAUGUUUUUCCCUAAAUCUGGUCUAGAAAAAAAUGAAUUUUCCAGCAGCUCCGCUGAAGAGCCAAAUCACUUUGUGAUUGAUCUAGAGGAGGAAAAUGAUAUCGUAAAUGACCCUGCUGCGCAUUUCAAUCCCUGUGUAACACAAGGUAGCCGAAAAGCAUAUGCGAUAAAGGCGGCCACUGAGAGGAAGAUUGUGGUGAAAAUCGAUAUACCCGGUUGCACGAAGUUGGACACAUUCGAUAUCCAUCUCAACAAAGUUCGGUUUACCGCGAAGGAAGUUCAACCUGGUGCGGUUGGCUUGAGUUUCAAGUUUGCGGCGAGGGAGUACGACGGCUCUAUUCUCUUCAAGUACAAGGCGUACAAGAACAACGACAUCACCUACAACAUCACUUACGGCGUCCUCCGCGUAACCUUCUCCAGCACCAACUAAGUUACUAUAAUUUCUAUAGUUUUACAUUUAUCUAAAGAAAUAAAAGUCGGCGGCAUGACAUGCUUAGUAUUUAUAAUAAACAAAAGUUAAUUUAAUAUCUAUGGUUCGUCGUGUGGAUUGAGUCGAAAUGGUUUAGUUUUCUAUUGGACUGAUGAAUGA